AUGCAACAAAUUAAACGUAUCCGCUGCGUGUGGAUGAACAAACACGUGUACACCUGCAUGUACGUGACAAGUUGUACUGUUCACAGCACACAAGUUGUACAGUUCAAUUCACACAAGUUGUACAGUUCACAUAAACAUACGCAGCUGUGUUUUACGGAUAAUUCUUGCUUGACGUUUGGUCCCAAGCUGAGGUGCAAACAUGACAGCAGUCAGGUUCACGAGACGUUGGCAUACAUCCACGUUGCUCACAUAAGACGAAUGUUAGAAAAAUUGCAAAACAGUAAAAGCAUGAACGAAGAAUAUGAAGGAAGCAUGAAACUCAUGGACAUUCUUCUGCUAAAGAAGCCAAAGUGUCUCGUGGCUGAGUGUGUGUGUGUCAGUCUACCACUCCCACGACUCUGGUUCAAAUCCUGUAGUUUCUGCAGGUUCAUCCGGAUAGCCGACUCCCGGCCAACCCAGCCGUCCUUCCUUCCGAGGAUAAACAGCCUUUGUGGCGAAGAUGGCUGCUUCAAAUAUUAA